AUGAAGGUCAAUAAGAAUUUAUAAGAUGCGAUUCUCAAUCUGAAUUCUUUAAGUAUUCCAAGGACUGAGAUAGUUAUUGGAAGAAUCUUUAGCAAACCAGGAUAAUUAUAUAAAGAUUUAUUUACAGAGGAUGAGAUUAAGAAAUUUCAGAAUAAUCUGAAUAUUGCAGAGUAGCAAUUAGCUAAUAUUGUUAAUGCAUUUACAUUUGUGUUAAUGCAUGUUGUUGCAGAAAGAAAUUUGAGUCAAGUUGAAGAAGUACUAGCAUAAAAUGGAAUGUCCUAGGAUCACAUUGAAGUUUUUAGACAAUAAUGGAUACAAUAUGGAAAUGAGUAUUCUAUUAGAAUAAGAGAGAAGCCUAUUGCUGUUUAAGAUGUAUUACAUUCUUUUAAUUGGAAAAUCAGUUUAUAAGUUGAUGAAUCAAGAUUACCAUAAAAGAUAUCAAUUACAGAUGUAGCAAAUUUUAUGAAUGUUGACGGUAAAAUUGAAGAUGCUAAUGAUUUAUAUUCAUAUGAUGCAAGAAAUCCAGCUACAACCUUUGUAUUUGAAACUAAGCCUUCUGGUGAAUCUAAUAAAGUUGAGAAAUUUGGUAUAAAGUUUUAGAAGGCUUAGAUUCAGGAUCUAUUUGAAAAUUUAGAAAGUAUUUAAGAAAGUUUGGAUAAAUUAAUUUGAUAAUAUUAAUAUCCUAUUUGUUAAAUUAUAUACAUCUAAA